AGCUGUCGACACCUUUACUGACUACCAAAAAGGCCCUGGAGAAGGAUGGUGGCAUCUGGGAAGGGGACUGGUGCAAAAGGGAGGCAGAUGUCAGAGGUCGCCCAGAAAGUUCGUCCAGGUCAUCUUGAGGGAAAAGAGAAAGACAUGGACGAGAUAGUGUGUAUAUUGGUGGGGGUGGAGAGUUGGGGUGAGAGGGAUACCUUUCUCCAACAGCAGUUCUGCCAUUAGCUUGCUGUUUGACCUUGGGAAAAUCACUACCCCUCUCUCGUCCUCUUGUCCUUGUGGAAUGAGGACUUUGGAUGGUUCCCAGGAUUUCCCAGCUCUGGUAUGAAUGAGAUGGUAGCUAUAGCCCUGCCACCCUUGAUAGUCUUGUGACUUGCAAGGGCUUCCACAAAGCCUCACGGGCUACAUGCAGACCAGAGGACUUAAAGGAGGAUGGGGACAAAGCAGUCGAGUUCCUCAGCCACUAGCACAUUUAAGCCUUUUAAUUUGCUUUGUCUCAUUUAAUACAUUGUAAGCAAGCCCAACUGGAAAGUAAAUCUGAUGGUCACUUAAUUUAAACAGAGGCCCCCAGGCAGAGAGAUCUAUCUUGAAGUCCUAUCCUCAAUGUGUACUUGUGACCUUGGGGAAAGUUACCUAAACUCGCUAGACCCCCAUUGCCUCACUGGUGCAAUGCAGGUGCUAAGUGUCCGCAUCUUAAGGGUAAAGAUGAAAUCAGCCACCGAAUGUGGAGCACUCAGCCUGACACCUGGCUCAGAGCAAAUGCCUUAGCUGUUGCUGUUCACUCUCUGAUGUGCUGGGGCGGGGGCAGGCAGUGGAUGGGUUCCUCUCUAGUAUCUGUGCCACAGUGGUCCUUUCCGCAGAUACUGAGUGAGAGGAUGUUUCAAAUCGGGAGCCUCAUUGUCCUCUGUGGGCUGUUGGCCCAGACCACGGCCCUGCUAGAAACCCUGCCCGUGCCCCUCGACCAGAAUCUGCCCUUGGCUGUGACUCCAGCCCUGGCCCCGAGUCCCACAGAUCUUGCUGGAAGCUUGACAGGUGCUCUCAGCAAUGGCCUGCUCGCUGAGGGUCUGUUGGGGAUUCUCGAAAACCUUCCGCUCUUGGACAUCCUGAAGACCAGAGGGAAUGCUCCCAGUGGCCUGCUGGGGGGCCUGCUUGGGAAAGUGACUUCACUCACCCCUCUCCUGAACGACAUCAUUGAUUUGAAGAUCACUAACCCUCAGCUGCUGGAACUUGGCCUUGUGCAGAGCCCUGAUGGCCAUCGUCUCUAUGUCACCAUCCCUCUGGGCAUGAUCCUCAAUGUGAAAACGCCCUUGGUGGGGAGUCUGUUGAAGCUGGCUGUGAAGCUAAACGUCACCGUGGAACUCUUAGCUGUGACAGAUGAGCAGAAGCGUGUCCACCUGGUUGUUGGCGACUGCACUCACUCCCCUGGCAGCCUGCAAAUCUCCCUGCUUGAUGGAUUGGGUCCCCUCCCCAUUCAAAGCCUUGUUGACAACCUCACUGGCAUCUUGAAUAAUGUCCUUCCUGAGCUGGUGCAGGGCAAGGUGUGCCCCCUGGUCAAUGCAGUUCUCAGCCGCUUGGACGUCACUCUGGUACAUUCCAUUGUCAACGCACUGAUCCACGGGCUAGAAUUUGUCAUCAAAGUCUAA